AUGAUGGCAAAAAUAGUGGGACUCUUAGUGCUGCAGUUGAUCGCUAUUCUGACGUUUUCUGCAGGUUUUUUCCCCCAAAAAUCCGUCUUGAAAGGCGAUGCCGAGUUCUUAUACCAUCCAGAGGCACACCAGCACAUAACACCGCGUUUUGAGAAACUCGUUCUGGUGGUUAUCGAUGCUCUGAGAGCUGAUUAUCUCUUCCAAGAUGAAAUGAGCCAGUUUAGAUUUGUGCACGAGCUUUUGAAUAAGGGCAACGCAUGGGGUUAUACUGCAUAUUCGAAUCCUCCCACCGUGACGCUUCCUAGAUUGAAAGGGAUCGCCACAGGGUCCACUCCCAACUUUUUGGAUGCAAUUCUGAAUGUGGCCGGAGAUGACUCAUCCUCGAGCCUAGAGGAUCAAGAUUCGUGGCUGCGACAAUUUCGCGUAAGGGAACAAACCAUCAACUUUUUCGGUGAUGACACUUGGUUGAAGCUGUUCCCCAGACAUUUCUUUAACGAAGUUGAUGGAACGAGCUCGUUUUUCGUUAGCGACUUCGAGGAAGUCGAUUAUAAUGUUUCGAGGCAUCUGCCUCAACAACUGGCAUCUCAGAACACUUGGGACGUGAUGAUUCUUCAUUAUCUGGGAUUAGAUCAUAUUGGGCACAAGGGAGGAGCUUUUUCCACCUUUAUGCGGCCCAAGCAUCGAGAAAUGGAUUCUGUCAUCGAGCAAAUUUACAGCUCUGUUGACGAAGACACGUUAAUAUGUGUGAUGGGAGACCAUGGAAUGAAUGAUAUAGGCAAUCAUGGCGGCUCUUCUGCUGGCGAAACCUCUUCAGGAAUGGUUUUCAUCUCGAAAAAGCUGGAAAACUACGACAAGCCUGCGGCUCAGCAGCACGAAAAGCUUCCUAUAGAGACAAAAAGUGAGGAUUACAAAUACUUGACAAGAGUUAAUCAAAUCGACCUAGUUCCUACACUAGCGACGCUUUUCAAUUUUCCUAUCCCGAAAAAUAGCAUCGGGGUUCUAAUACCGGACUUCCUACGUUUGUUCUCGCCGCAUGAAGCACUGGUCAAGCUGAAGGACAACUAUCAGCAAAUAUUGAGUGCUGCUGGUCAGCAACACAAACAACUUGAUGGCGUCAAGGCUCACAUCGAGCACAUGAGGGACCUUCAGGAGGAUCUGGCUAAGACCGCGACAAACUACAACUAUAAACUCCUGAGUAUUGGAUUCGUUUUACUCUUUUUGGUGACACUUAAAGUCGGUGCGCUCAGUAAUAAGGAACUUAAUUCCUCAAUCGCACUACAUUUAUUAGUUGCUGUCUCUCUUUUACUCAGCUUUAGCACAUUUGGCAGUAGUUUUGUGGAAGAAGAACACCAGUUGUGGUGGUGGUCCUCGGUGGGGCUUGUGGGACUUUCAUUCGUCAAGGCGCCACGCCGAGCAGUCUCUAUUUUUCUAAUACUGGCGGGACUCAGGUUCAUACGUGGCUGGAAUAAUAGUGGUCAGAAAUACAUCUACGAGCACACUAUGUCAGAGAUUUUAAAGCGUCACUAUCAUUGGCAGUGGGUUUUAAAUGCAGUCACAAUACUCGCCGUACCACUUGGGAGACGCAAUCAGACCUUGAGAUCAAACCUAACUGGUUUCUCGCUUUCUGCUGUAUGCCUGGUAUACAAAGCAGCCUGGAAUGUGGUGAAUGGUGAGCAGGUUCCCGCUUGGCUACAAAAGGUUUUACUGGAAAUUCUGCCAGAUGCUGCCAAAAGUGCAGACCCGAUAGAAGCACUAAAGACUCAGCUCGUCCCAAUGGCCAGACUAUUUUUCGGUGCCGCAUUGGGGCUGGUUUUACUCGAGCUGCUCUUGCAUCGGCUCAAUCGCCAGAGCGAUGGCCUGCUGGAAAAGAUUCAUUCAACAAUCACGACCAUUCUGAUCUUCCAAACGUCUUCCACAAACAUCCCACAAUUUUUGGUGUUCCAGAUAAUUGCACCCUUGAUAGAGUCGUUAUGGCGUCGCUUGUGGGGCUCGAAUGUUACUGCUCUGAUGACCAUUGGACUAGUCCUGCAGCAUUUGACAUUUUUCCAAUUCGGCAGCACCAACUCCAUUGCCACCGUUAAUCUUACGAACGCGUACAACGGGGUAUCUGAGAACUACAACAUCCACGUCGUGGGGUUUUUGAUGUGUGUGGGCAACUUUGCACCCGCUAUCUACUGGUCCACUGCAUGUUUGAAAAUACUCUACACAAGAAAACCGCAAUACAACAAAUGGCAGUUGUUCGCUGCUUCACGCUUGCCAGCACUACUGUUCUACUGUAUAUUCGGAUGCUUCUUACUAGGGUCGUGUGUCAUUCAGCGUUACCACCUGUUCAUCUGGAGCGUAUUCAGUCCCAAGCUCUGCUAUUACGUAAGCUGGAACUUAUUUAUGCACGCUGUGGUCGGGUGGGUGCUGGAGGGUUUGGUUGUUGUCCUUAGCUGA